AUGCCUCCAAAAGCUGCUGAGAAGAAGCCCACCACCGCCGGAAAGGCCCCCGCUGGAAAGGCCCCUGAGAAGAAGGAAGCCGGAAAGAAGACUGCCGCCGCUGGUGGUGAGAAGAAGAAGCGCUCCAAGACCAGAAAGGAGACCUACUCUUCUUACAUCUACAAGGUUUUGAAGCAGGUUCACCCUGACACCGGUAUCUCCAACCGUGCUAUGUCAAUCUUGAACUCCUUCGUCAACGACAUCUUCGAGCGCGUCGCAACUGAGGCCUCCAAGCUUGCCGCCUACAACAAGAAGUCCACCAUCUCUUCCCGCGAGAUCCAGACCUCUGUCCGCCUUAUCCUCCCCGGUGAGCUUGCCAAGCACGCCGUCUCUGAGGGUACCAAGGCUGUCACCAAGUACUCUUCUUCCACCAAAUAA